ACGAUCGCGGCGUGGGGCCACGGCGACGAGCGCAUCUGGAGUGCCGCGUGGGACGGCUCGGUGAAGGGCUGGGACGUGCGCGCGGGCGGCGCGCUGCAGGCGCACAAGGCGUCGGACAAGGUGCCGCUGUGCCUCGACCCGGUGCGCGGCGCGGGCGCGGCGGGCCUGCACGAGCUCGUGACGGGCCACAUGGACCACUCGCUCGCGCUGUACGACUUCCGCGAGGCCGUGACGAACACGGCGCUGGCCAUGGCGCACGCGCAUGCGGCGCCGGUGAGCGCGGUGCGCACGCACCCGACGAGCGCGCACCUGCUCGCGUCGGCCGCGUACGACGGGCGCAUCCAGGUGUGGGACCUGCGCUCGCCGAAGCAGGCGCUGUUCGCGCUGGCGCCGCCCUCGGGCGCGCGCACCAAGGUGCUGGGCCUCGACUGGACGCCCGCGGGCGACCGCCUCGUCGCGGGCGGCGAAGACUGCCGUGUGUCGGUGUACGAGGGGCAGGCCGCGGGGGCCGACCGUGUAUAG